GAGCGUAGCUACGGCAUUAUGUUUUGCGUCUCUUCCUCAACUCAAGCAAAGUUUUGAGCUGUGAUAGUAGAGAAUAUUGUUAGCUGCACGGGGGGCGGGGGUGUCCCCCUUCUCUUUCGGUCACCUGGGGAUUCAAUGUAACUAUCGGAAGGUCCUUAAUUGUAAUUUUUGCGGUUGUGUUACAGUCGGCGCACAAUCCCGUAGCGCAAGAUCCUCAUAAGGAAAGCAGGUAAGGGGGUGCCAUGCCGGCUGCUGCUCCCCUGCUGCUCCUCCUCGCCAUCUGGUGGUGGCCUCUGGUACUGCUGCUACUGCUGCCCCCACUCCCCCUCGCCCAGACGCACAAGGCCGCGUCGGAUGAGGCCCCCACCUACACCCUCCUGUCCCACCCCCUGAACAUUUCGCUGACAGGCGCCCCCCUCAGCCACCUCCUCCUGGACCCAGAGUCGGGGAACGUUUACGUGGGGGCGGUGAACUCCCUCUAUCACCUCUCCCCGGACCUGCAGCUGCUGUCCUCGGGGAAGACGGGACCAAAACUGGACAGCCCCGACUGCCUGCCGCCCAUCGACCCGCAGGACUGCACCCAGGCCAAAGAGACGGACAGCACCAACAAGAUCCUGCUCCUGGAGGAGGCGGGGGAGAGCCGGUGCCUCAUCGUGUGCGGGACGGUCCUCCAGGGCAUCUGUGAGAAGAGGAGCCUGCGCGAUGUGUCCCAGGUGCUGUACCGCACGGAGAACCCAGUGGACACGCAGUACGUGGCGGCCAACGACCCGCGCGUGUCCACGGUGGGCGUGGUGGUGGAGCAGAAAGGGGCCCUGCUGAUGCUGGUGGGGCGAGGCUACACCAGCAAGGGCCCCGGCGGCAUCCCGCCCAUCACCACCCGCCGCCUGGCCCCCGGCGCCUCGGCCCCCACCUUCUCCCACGAGGACCUGGGCAAGCUGGUGGUGGGCAGCUACUCCGAGUUCAACAACAACUUCGUGUCGGCGCUGCGCUUCGACGGGCACGUGUACUUCCUGUUCUCGCGGCGCGACGUGUGGGGCAAGCGGGAGUACCGCACCUACGUGUCGCGGCAGUGUGCCAGCGACGGCAGCUUCUACUCCUACGUGGAGGCGCCCCUGUCCUGCCAGGGCGGCUACAACCUGGCGCAGGCGGCCUCGCUGGGCGGCCACCGCGGAGCCCCCUACCUGUUCGUGGCCAUGGCGGCGGGCCAGGCCUCCACGCCCACCCCCACCCCGCGCUCCGCCCUGUGCGCCUACGGCAUGGCGGAGCUGGACAGCGCCCUCCGCAGGGCGCAGCUGCUCUGCUACACGCAGGAGGGCCGCGGGGCCCAGGGCCAGGAGGAGGCCUACAUCGAGUACGAGGUGUCCUCAGAGUGCCUGCGUCUGCCUCCGGACGCUCUGAGUGAGUACCCGUGUGGAGGGGAACACACCCCGAGUCCCAUUGCCAGCGCUGUCCCUCUCUCAGCCACGCCCGUCCUGACCAUGAGCGUCCUGCUGACGGCUGUGACCUCAGCCAAUGAGGCGGGGCACACCAUUGUCCUGCUGGGGGACAAGAAGGGCCAGCUGCACAAGGUGUUCCUGCAGUCGAACAGCUCUGGGAGUCUGUAUGAGACGGUGCUGGUGGACACAGACAGCCCUGUCCAUCCGGACCUGCUGCUGGACACAUCGGGACAGAGUGCUUAUGUCAUGACCAGCAGCCGGGUGACCAAGGUGCCAGUGUCUCAGUGUGGGCGACACUCGGACUGCGAGACCUGCCUGUCAGCCAGGGACCCUUUCUGUGGCUGGUGUGUGCUGGAGGGAAGAUGCACUCGGAAGCUGAACUGUUCGCGGCACACGCAGUCCAAUCACUGGCUCUGGAGCUAUCGUCAUGGUAGCAAGUGCGUGACGGUGGAGAGCCUCAGCCCAGCCACUCAGAGCCGGGAGGAGCAGACGCAGGUUUCUCUCACAGUGGUGCAGUUGCCCUCUUUGUCGGAAGAGGAGACUCUGUCGUGCUCUUUUGGAAACCUGCAUGUUCAGCUCGCGGUUGUUAAAGAGACCAACAUCGUCUGUCAAUCACCACUGCCGGAGCUCCUCCCACCCAGUCCUCCUGGCACUGAUCACGUAUCCCUGCCUGUGGCGCUGAUGUUUGGACAGGUGAUCAUCUCCCAGGCUAACCUCACCUUCUAUGACUGCAGAGCUGCUGGACUGCUCAACAAGACCUCCCCGUGCAUGGCAUGUGUUGGCAGUGUGUGGCCUUGCCAUUGGUGUGUUCUGGACCAGCUGUGUACACACAGAGACCGCUGUAACCAUCAGCACAUCAUCUACAACAUGCUGGCCCAGGAGCUGGAGCCCCGUGGGGUGGAGGCCUGUCCCUGUGUCUGGGCCCUUCAGGGCUCCCCUCUGGUGCCCGUGGGCUUCGAUACACAGCUGGUUCUGCUGGGGAGGAACCUGGACCUGUUUGAGGAUGAAGAGGAGUAUAUGUGUGUGGUGGAUAUAGAGGGGGAGGAGCUGACUCUGCCAGCCAUUGUGGAGAAAAGCAAAGAGCCACAGACUCAUACCAUCGCCUGCACCACACACCAGUUUCAGUACUCUGAGAGACAGCUGGAGUACACUGCUCCCAUAUACCUGCAGAGAGGAUCUGUCCACCGCAUUGACUCCGCCCCUCACCUGCGAUUGCAGCUGUAUAACUGCGCCGUGGGGCAGUCGGACUGCAGCCAGUGCUCUGCUGUGUCUGCGCAGUACGGCUGUGUGUGGUGUGGAGGAGAGGCUCCCAGCUGCAUGUACCAGAGCUCCUGCCCCACCAGCCCUGAGCAGAGCUGCCCCCCUCCACUGAUAACACAGAUCCUGCCCCAGACUGGGCCCUUGGAGGGGGGCAUCCUGGUGACGAUCUGGGGCUCGAACCUGGGUCAGCGCUUCCAGGACAUCCAGGGAGGGGUGACGGUGGCGGGCGUGAUCUGCCUCUCCAAGCCAGAGGACUACCUCAUAUCCACCAGGAUCGUGUGUGAGCUGCAGCCCAGUCCAGAGGAGACUCAGGGUCCAGUGACCGUCACUGUGGGAGACUCAGAGCCAGGACAGUCCACGCAGACCUUUACUUACCAGAAUCCCCAGCUAAGUGGGAUAGUGCCACGGAGGGGCCCUGUGUCUGGUGGAACAGCCCUGACAGUCCAGGGUACCCAGCUCCUGACAGGCCAAGGGAGUGACCUGGAAGCCUACAUCGGCCUACACCCCUGCUACAUCGUGGAAGAGGUGAACGACACGCAGUUGGUCUGCCGCACCGGCCCUGGUAACCACACAGGAGAGGUGCAGGUCAGAGUGCUGUUUGGGAAGGCAGAGAGGAUUUUGGGAAAUGUAGUCUUCCAAUACACAGAUGACCCAACCAUUAGCGAAGCUGAACCUGCAGAAAGUUUCUUGGGGGGUGGGCGCAGCAUUAAAGUCAGUGGGCGGAACCUGGAUGUGGUGCAACAGCCAAUGAUAUCGGUUUGGGCCGAGCCAGAAGAUGACUGGCGUAUGAGGAAGAAACGAUUCGCUAAACUUGCAGCAAAACGUCCCCGUGCCGUGCUCGACAGCAGUGUGCCAAAGAUUCAGGGGCCUUGCACUGACGUCUCCUCUGAUCAAAUGACCUGUGCGACGCCAACUGUGCCGCAGCGGUCAAAGGUCAUAGGUGUGUGGUUUGAGAUGGACAAUGUGAAAGUAGACUUUGCCAGUGUCAAUGGGAAGCCUUUCACGUACCACCAGGAUCCUGUUCUGCACCGGCUAAACAGGGACAACCCAGAUGCCCCUUUCCGCUUCAAACCUGGGGGGGUUAUCGCUGUGCAGGGGGAGAAUUUGACCCUGGCCAUGACCCGGCAGGAAGUGGUCGCCACAUUGGGGAUGGAGGAGUGUGAGAUGAAGACCCUGGACAGCACACACCUGUACUGCGAGCCCCCCGAAACCCAGCCCCCAAGCCGGGACAACUCCGACAGCCCCCCCGUCCUACGCGUGGUGAUGGGAAAGCUGGAGUUUGACCUGGGCCCUGUGCAGUACGACGGAGACGCCCUCUCCCCGCUGCCCCUCGCCGCUCAAGUGGGCUUAGCCGCCGGAGCUGUGGUGGUGGUGCUCAUUGUGCUGGUCAUCAUCCUCAUGUACAGGAGGAAGAGUAAGCAAGCGCUGCGAGACUACAAGAAAGUGCUGGUGCAGCUGGAGACGCUGGAGAUUAAUGUGGGGGACCAGUGCAGGAAAGAGUUCACAGACCUGAUGACUGAGAUGAUGGACCUCAGCAGUGACGUCGGGGGUCCGGGGAUCCCCCUCUUGGACUACCGCACGUACGCAGAGCGCGUUUUCUUCCCUGGCCAAAGGGGGGCGCCGCUGAGCCAGAACCUGGACCUGCCGGACUCGCGGCGGCAGACGGUGGAGCAGGGUCUGGGCCAGCUGAACAGCCUGCUGAACAACCGGCUGUUCCUGAUCAGGUUCAUCCACACUCUGGAGGCCCAGCAGAGCUUCUCUCAGAGGGACCGGGGCUACGUGGCCUCCCUGCUCACCAUGGCCCUGCACGAUAAGCUGGAGUACUUCACCGACGUCAUGAAGACUCUGCUCAGCGACCUGGUGCAGCAGUACGUGGACAAGAACCCGAAACUCAUGCUGCGCAGGACAGAGACUGUGGUUGAGAAGAUGCUGACCAACUGGAUGUCUAUCUGUCUCUACUCCUUCCUCAAGGAGGUGGCUGGAGAGCCUCUCUACAUGCUGUACAGAGCCAUAAAGUACCAGGUGGACAAGGGGCCUGUGGACGCAGUGACGGGGAAAGCCAAGCGCACGCUCAACGACAGCCACCUGCUCCGAGAGGACAUCGACUACUGCUCUAUGGCCCUGACGGUGCUGGUGAAGAGUGGGGCUGAGGUCCAGCACUGCCCAGUCAAGGUUCUGGACACCGACACCAUCACGCAGGUCAAGGACAAGAUCCUGGAUCAGAUCCACAAAGGAGCUCCGUUCUCCCAGAGGCCAGCUGCGGACUCCCUGGAUCUGGAGUGGCGAUCUGGACAGGCGGGUCACCUGACCUUGUCUGAUGAUGAUGUCACAGCCAUCGUCCAGGGGCGCUGGAAAAGGAUCAACACCCUGCAGCACUACAAGGUGCCAGAUGGUGCGACCGUGGCUUUGAUCCCCCGCUCACAGAGCUCUGUGCACAUGGGAGUGAGUCAGGUCUAUCAGACCGGAGAGAAGACGCCCAUGCUGGAGGGGGAGGAAGAGGAGGGUCUGCGUUUGUGGCACCUGGUGAAGUCCAGCGAGGACCCCGAAAUUCCCAAACACCGCAAGAGCAGCAUGAGGGAGCGGGAGAGAGCCAAGGCCAUCCCCGAGAUCUACCUCACACGCCUGCUGUCCAUGAAGGGCACUCUGCAGAAGUUUGUGGACGACGUGUUUGUGGCCAUACUCAGCACAAAAAGGUCACCACCCAUCGCUGUGCGCUUCUUCUUCGACUUCCUGGAUGACAUGGCUCAGAAGCACGGCAUCGAAGACCCUGAGACCGUGCACAUCUGGAAGACCAACAGCUUGCCCUUGCGGUUCUGGGUGAACAUACUGAAGAAUCCUCAGUUUGUCUUUGACGUUCAAGUGACUGACAGCGUGGAUGCAGUGCUGUCCGUCAUCGCUCAGACCUUCAUCGACUCGUGUACCACCUCUGAGCACAAAGUGGGCCGGGACUCCCCUGUCAACAAAUUGUUAUACGCCAGAGAGAUCCCCAGAUACAAGCAGCUGGUUGAAAGGUAUUACAGUGACAUCCACAGUGCCGUGUUGGGCUGCUACCAGGAGAUGAACUCCACUCUCACAGAGCUGUCAGGGAGCUUUGCGUCAGAGAUGAACAGUUUGGUGGCUCUACAUGAACUGUACAAAUACAUCAAUAAGUACUACGACCAAAUCAUCAUGGCUCUGGAGGAGGACAGUGCAGGGCAGAAGAUGCAGCUCGCCUACCGUCUGCAGCAGGUCGCUGCCUUAGUGGAGAACAAAGUCACCGACCUUUGACCCCUGCUGACUGUGGCCAGCGGUUUGCACUCAGGGGCUGUCUGAGGUUCAUGACCCAGUGGAAAUACAAGCCUGGGCCAGCACUGCAGAUCUCAAUCAUUUUCUCUGUGGAAAUUUGAUUUUUCCUGGAUUUUUUUUUUUUAUGGAUUUGCCAAGGGAAGUAAAAUCAUUCACAGGAAUGAAAAUGACAAAGCAGGAAAUAGUUUUUGAUGUGUGUGUGUGUGUGUGUGUGUGUGUGUGUGUGUGUGCAUGUGCGCACGUGAUCACUGUUAGUGCAUGUGUGAGCAUGUGGUGAAAGUGUUGGUGAGCCAUCAUGAAUUGCAGUCGUGGCUGUUGUGGUCAGUGAAUUAUUUGAUUCUCAUAUUUGUACAUUUUUAGAUUCCAGCAGUGUGUUUCUUAUAAGAGGAAACCGUGGGAGCUCUGAAAGUGAAUCUACAGAAUGUGCGGUUAAACCUGUGGAAAAAAGUAAUGACAUUUUUAACAGGUUUUGUGAUGUGCUUUUGGAAAUACCACCUAAAAAACCAGCCAUGAUGCUAGAGGUCCCUGUAUAGUUCUAAGUUUAGUCCUACCAGUUAGAAGGAUACAAGCUAUUUAUAGUUUCUUGAAAACCAGUUUAAAAAUUGAUAGACAUCCCAGAGUGAGUUCUGAUGUCUAAAAUGUCUCUUCGUAUGUGCAAAUAUGAUGAUAUUAUAUGAAAAAUGUUGUUACUGCCUAGGACUAAGGGAGAAGACAAGUACUGUAUAGGGCAAAAUAUUUAUAAAAAAUGGCCACAGUCUAGCUUUUUAAAUGUGAUUUGAAAAGUGUUUUGUAGUCAUACAUAUAAAUACUGUUUAGUUUAAUUCUGAACAGAAAUGUCUCUGCAUUUUAAAAUGUAGUUGUAUUAUUAGCCGAUAUGGUUGCUCAUAUAGUUUGAAUAAAUCUGUUUGAGCACUAACUUAACCAUAGGCAGUCACAGCACAUAAGUACCAAUACAGGGAUUUGCUGUUUAUUUGUUUAAGAAGACUUUCCACAGCAAGGAAAAUAGAACUAUUUCUAUAUCUCCAUUCUAUAUCUGUUUAUGGGUUUCAUUUGAUAUGAACAGGGUUAUGUAUCAAUGGAAUGGUGUGGCAAAUAUCUGUUACUGCUUAAAAGAUCCUCUACCAGUUCAACACUAAAUCUGCUUGAUAUUAAGGAGCUUUGAAUGUGUUUUGUACUUUGAAUAUCAACUAAAAAUAUAUUUUCCCAGAUUAGACACAGUUGCAGUCAGAUGACAAAUACACAGGCCCAGACAAUGAACCCUGUGGAAACCAUUUCUAAAUAGCUUUUUUUAAAUAAGCAGCACUUGUCCUAUUGGUCAGCGAGAGUCUCAAAGGUGUCUUCACACACCUAAACUGAAAUGAACAGUAUUCAUUUGUAUGAGUGAUCAAACGCCUUUUCAUUUUAUGUAAAUAUAGUACUCCCUCGCCAGUAAGUGUAUAGCAAUAAGGAGCACAGCCGUUCAGACGGGCGAAACCAGGUGUUAUGAGAUUUAGGAUUGGUGGAAGUGUGCACACAAG